UCCAUUGUAACUGCAGGUUAGAAAUUGUCCUUGAGCCUAAUGGUACGUGCGCUCAGGCGUUCGAUUCUUCUGCCGGAUGAAACUGGUGGAACUGGCCAAUUUGUGCCUCAACUGGAGAGGCUGAUAUUUCUUUUAAACUGUAAACUGUAAUUUAUAUAUAUAACAUUUUACAUUCAUGCCCAAUGCAUUUGGUACUGUUCACUUACUUUAUUGUGGUAUUCUUUGCCGCAGUUAGCUGUGGAGGCCAAACCACCAUUCGGUGUAGUUAUAGCAGAGGCUGAUAUUUUCGCGAUUAGAAAGGAUGUCAAAGGUUACGGGGAGCAGGCAUGAGAAUUGGGUUGACAGGGAUGAUAAAUCAGCCCCGAUGGAAUGGCGAAGCAGGUUCGAUGGGCCAAAUGGCCCAAUUCUGCUCCUAUGUCUUAUGGCCUUAAACAAAUUCUCUCAUGUGACCCCCCCCCCCCCCCCCUUCCUGGGGCGAUACAGUAUUUCGAGGAAAUCCCCCAGCUGACUCGGCUCUGCGUGUCCAGCAGCGGAAGGAGCCACAGACUGCGGUCUUUCCCCACAGAGUAGAGUCUCUCCUUGGCUGCAGCGAGCUUCAGCCAGUCCAACCUGAACGUGUUUAAAUCGGUGUUUCAGCACACGGGCCAUGGUAUGUCCGCAUUAAGAUGACCAUCAGAAAGAAGGUCCUUCUUUAAAGAGAUCAGUCGGUGGAACAACCUUUCAAAGGGAGCGUCCAAAGCACAUAUCCUGGAAUGCUUUACGGAACAGGCGAAGGUCUCAGUGAGCGGAGAUGAGACCUUCUUAACUGAGCGAAUUAGAUCGGUUGUUCACCGGAUCUUGCUGUACAGUUACUCCCGAACCAACGACGCGGGUGGGACCACCGCGCCACUCAGUGGCCUUACCUGUAUUGACCAACUUUUGUUUCCUGCAGCCGAAAGCCUGAAGGUUGAGGAAUAACAACUGCUCCUGAACUUGGUGGUGUGUGUUCUGUGAGUCCGGUAGUUUCUCCCUGAUGGUUGCAGUGAGAAGAGAGCAUGUGGGGUUGCUGGGAGUCCCUGAUGAUGGCUGCUGCUUUCCUGUGACAAUGUUUCAUAGAUCCCGUCUCCUCCAAGUGCUGUCCGAUGUGCGAGAAACACCAGACAUUCGGUAGUCGUUCAGUGGCUGCCUCCCAAGAAGGGCAGUGAGCUGAUUGGUUGCUACGUUGAUUCCUGCCUACUGGGAACCAAUGAUUGGCAGCCGUGUAACCAUAAACCGGUGAAAUAUACCAGAUUUGUAGUUCAUGGCCUAAUCAAUGGACACAAGUACAUCUUCCGUGUGAAAGCCGUAAACGCUGUGGGAGUCAGUGAACUCUCUCAGGAGUCGCAGCCCAUCGUUGUCCAAGCAGCUCUAAGUUGAACAUCUGAAGGAAGGCUCUUUCUAGGAGUUUAAGGUUAGCGCCAUGAACCUUGGUGGUGUGGGUAUCUCUUCAGAGUGCAGUCGACCUUUCAAAUGUGAAGCCUGGACCAUGGCCGAGCCAGGACCAACUUACGACUUGACCUUCUGUGAACUGAGAAGCCACUCCCUGGUGAUCCUGUGGAAGCCACCGAUCUAUACCGGCAGUAGUGAUGUCACUGGCUACUUGGUGGACAUCUGUGAACUGGGCUCAGAAGAGUGGAGAACUGUGACAGAACAGCCCGUAAGCACCCGCUACCUGAAGGUUACUCAGUUGGAGGAAGGGAAGAGAUAUAUUUUCAAAGUACGAGCAGUGAACUCGCAUGGAGCAGGGAAGCCAUCUGAGCCUUCAGAGCCCGUGCUGGUUCACACCAGACCAGGAACCAAAGAGAUUUCAGCAGGUGUGGAUGACAACGGCAACAUCUAUAUGAGCUUCCAAUGCUCUGACAUGACCGAUGCCUCCCAGUUUUUCUGGGGCCUGGCCUACGAGGACAUCACUGACUUCUCCCGGGUUCACGUUGAAACAGAGGGUGACAUGUAAGUCAAUUCACUUUCUGCUGUCCGGGCUAGGUUAGGUUCAGCAAUCUCAGUUUGGUACUGAUCGAGGCUCCACUUUGAUUGGGCCUGGGUUUGUCCCAACAUCUCACUGGCAAGCACAAUGGGUUAUCAAUAAACAAUGACUUUCAUUUGUAUAGCACCUUUCAGGGCAUCCCUUAGUGCCUUUAACAACACACACAAGAUGCUGGAGGAACUCAACGGGUCAAGAUCACCUGGUAGCUAUCCAUUUCAAUUUGAUGUGCCAUUCCCAUUCUGACAUGUUGGUCCAUGACCUCCUCUGCUGCCACAACCAAGCCACAUGCAGGUCGCAGGAGCAACACCUCGUCUGGGUAGCCUCCAACCUGAGGCAUGAACAUCGAUUUCUCUACUGGUAAUUUCAACCCUUCCCCCUUCUCUCUGUUUCCGUUCCCUGUUCUGGCUCCCAUCUCAUUUCUUCUCUUUUCCUUACCUGCUUAUUGUUUCCCAUUGGCUCCCCUCUUCUUUUCCUUUUCUCCAUGAAUCUUAACAGAUUCCUUUUUUUCAGCCCUUUACCUCUUCCAACUAUUCUCACUUCACCCCCCUACCUAUUCACCUUCCCUUUCACCUGUUCUCAGCCUGUUCACCUGCCAGCAUGUAGUCCCUCCCCUCACCCCAC